GGCUCAGCAGUUUGCAAGCGGAUUGAAGCAUGGCGAUCCUCAGGCCCCCGCUUCUGCCACUGGGGUUGCUUCUGUGCCUCUGGCUUCUGUGUUCUCUGGCCAGUUGUACAAACCCCGCUGUCGAAUGCAAGCCCAUCACUUCAGUCACCAACAAACUACCCUCAUAUAUUGACGUCUACCCAUGGGACUAUGAGAGCAACAAACUCUACACGGUGUCACUCAUUGUGGAGCCCAAUAUUACCUCUGUGAUCUUGGAAGCACGGGACCAGCAUGACUCAGUCGUUGGCUCCUGGCAAAACCCCAGUCUAUCUUGUGAAGGCCGGGCCGAGUACAACUUGAAGGGUCAAAUCAGAACGCUCUUCGAGGCAAAAUGGAUGUCUCCUAAAUCCACGGACAUAUGCUCAGUCACGAUAUACGUCUACUGUGCCAAUCUCCUGAGACAUGCUGAACUUGCUCCCCUAACACUGUCGAGAGUUGGGGCACCCUCAGGUGAGAACGCCAAGCAUUUCCCAGUCAGGAGCAUAACACCCCCAGGCCACAGACCAACCGCAGCUCCCCGGAGAACAACCCCAGCUCCCCGGAGAACAACCCCAGCUCCCCAAAGAACAACCCCAGCUCCCCCGAAACCAACCAUAUCCCACCCAACACCAACCACGCCCCACCCAACACCAACCACACCCCACCCGACACCAACCACGCCCCACCCGACACCAACCACGCCCCACCCAACACCAACCACAUCCCACCCGAAACCAACCACAUCCCACCCGAAACCAACCACAUCCCACCCGAAACCAACCACAACCAACCACAAACACACCACCCGAAACUCAGCCAACAGAGCCUUCCUCAGCCCCGUGAGAGAGGCCAUCCAGAUCCUGCUCAUCUUUCUCACCAGCACACUCCUCUUCUAGAAGGAAAUGGAGGGAAUGACUGCUCCUGGCUCCUCUGCAUCCUUCUACGUUCAGUCCCAAGCCAGGGCUCUGACCUGUGUGAAUGACCUCUGUGAAUGAUUUGCGCUCUCAGAUGUAAAAGUACUGCCACUGCUUCAGAUCCAAUUAGAGACCCGAGGGUCACCUAGACCUGAUCUAGGUGUAACUUGGAAUUCUGGCUCCUAAUUGAACAUGUUGGCAGCCAGUUCCCUAGCCAAUCUAAACUUCUAUUUAGAUGCGACACCGGUAGCAGCUGAAGGGCAAGAAAAUAACAAUGUACCGUGUCUGAGUAGCCAAGGAUAGUAGAAAGGCAUUAUUUUCUGUCAUACCUAAUAGACUGCACC